AACAGAAGUAGAGGACCUGCUGUUUGGGGAUGGAGAGCACAGAUCGACAGAUCAUUAUUCAAGAAACACAUGCAAAACAAAGUAUUAAACAAUACACCGAAUCUCACCGUUAAGUGCUGUUCGGCUGAAGACUUAAUUAUCAAUAAGAGUGGCGAUCGACUCGAGUGUCAGGGAAUUAUCACAAGCGAUGGCCAGCGUAUUAGCAGUCGGACAGUUGUGUUAGCGACGGGUACUUUCCUGAGGGGACAGAUCAACAUCGGUCUCGAGUGCUAUCCGGCCGGAAGGAUAGGCGAUGAGCCGGCAAUAGGUUUGGCGAAAACGCUUGAAAGCGCGGGCUUUAAGAUGGGACGACUCAAAACA